AUGAUGAACGUUCAACCACAACAGCAGCAGCACCACCCACAUGCUCAACCUCAACCACAACAACAUCAGCAGCAGCAACAGCAGCAGCAGCAACAGCAAGCUCACAGCUCAACGGCCAUGUCUUCCCAGAGGCAGGUUUCAUUCAAUGUCUCUGAGCACUACCAGAUCUUGGAGAUAGUGGGCGAAGGAGCCUACGGGAUAGUCUGCUCCGCCAUCCACAAGCCCUCCCAGCAGAAAGUGGCAAUCAAAAAGAUUGAGCCGUUUGAAAGGUCCAUGUUGUGUUUGCGGACGUUGCGCGAGUUGAAACUUCUCAAACACUUCAACCACGAGAACAUCAUUAGCAUAUUGGCCAUCCAACGUCCUUGCAAUUACCAACUGUUCAACGAGAUCUACUUGAUCCAGGAAUUGAUGGAGACAGACCUCCAUCGGGUGAUUAGAACACAAACUUUGACCGAUGACCACAUCCAGUAUUUCACCUACCAGACUCUCCGAGCUUUAAAAGCCAUGCACUCGGCCAAUGUGCUUCACCGAGACCUAAAACCGCUGAACUUGUUAUUGAACUCCAAUUGCGAUUUGAAAGUUUGCGAUUUCGGCUUGGCGCGAAGUAUUGCCCUGCUGGAGGACAACUUUGGAUUCAUGACGGAAUACGUCGCCACGAGAUGGUACCGGGCGCCCGAAAUCAUGUUGACGUUCCAAGAAUACACCACCGCCAUCGACGUGUGGUCGGUUGGCUGCAUCUUGGCCGAAAUGCUAACUGGUAGACCCUUGUUCCCCGGCAGAGACUACCAUAACCAGUUGUGGCUCAUCAUGGAGACCUUGGGUACGCCAAAUAUGGAAGACUACUACAACAUCAAGCUGAAACGAGCAAGAGAGUACAUCCGGUCCUUGCCGUUCUGCAAAAAAAUCCCCUUUGCAAAGUUGUUCCACCAGAGAUCGGGCAACGAAGAUGUAAACCCACUCGCCAUCGACUUGCUAGAAAAGCUCCUAAUCUUCAACCCGGCAAAGAGAAUCACCGUGGAAGACGCGUUGCAACACCCCUAUUUGAAAUUGUACCAUGAUCCUAAUGAUGAACCGGUGUCGGCCAAGAUCCCGGAGGACUUUUUCGAUUUCGACAAGAGGAAAGACGAGUUGACGGUGGAGGAAUUGAAGCAAAUGUUGUACGAGGAGAUACAUAAAGGUUACUAG